GCAGUAUAGUCUACAGUCUACACUCUACAACUACAGGAAAGCUCAUGAGUCAUGACCUCAUGUCAGACGUAUAUCUGAUUCGAUUGUUCUCUCUCUCAACUGCGGUCCAGAUCUAGAACUGCUGUCGUACAGUAGUCAACUUCUCUCUAUCUUAUUGAGUCUCAGUUCAAUGACUGCCACAUCGACCUUCAAGUGCUGCGUCAUCGGAGCCGAUGGGCAGGUCGAUCCCAACAGCUACAAAUUCCUCACUUGGUCUUAUUACGUCGAAUGGAACCGUUGCUCACUCGACAAGUCUCUCGCCCAACGGGUCCGCGACGCCUAUCCUCAUCUGGCCGAUGAAGCCACAAAAAUUGUCCAUGUCGAUGAGGACAACAACAAGAUUGCCAUACCGUGUGAUACUGAUACAGGUCUGGCGAUUCAGGAGACUCUAACUGUUUUAAAGUCUAUUAAUAAUAAUGUGAAUCUGGAGGAACAACGAAGCCCGAUUAAAAUUUUUAUCCAGCUAGUUUCACCAUCCGCUCCUGCAACGGGUAAUUGUUUGUGUACUGUCAAUCACGAUUUGCGUUGUUCGAUAUGCAAGAAGGAGCUCAAGAACAAGCACGUGUACAAAUGUCUUCAAUGCGACAACGAUUCCACUUUGUGCGAGCUCUGCGACAACAAACAUGCCGUCAAACAUCCCGAACACGUCAUCAUACGUUUCGUCGGAGGACAGAAGCCCAAUUGCUUGCCGGAAAUGAAACAGCUUUUGUCCGUUCAGCAGCGGAAACCGGAAGUGGAUUGAAAACUUAUACGUUGCGAAAACAAUUUAAACUCUUGCCAUUUGAUUCAAAAAUCUCUUCCAAUUUGUUUUCGCUAUAAACUAAGAUUUUUGAAAUAAACAAUGACACAUUU